AUGGAGGUUCUGCAUGAAAUACUGGGCAUUGACCCUAAGGGUUUCCCCAGCGACGUUAAACAGGGUGACACUGAGGCCCAAACGAAUAGUGAACAGAAUGACAUGUUCCAGCUCUUCCUUGAGGAACACAGCGAAUUCGAAAGAGAGAACCCGGAUUUCAGCGAUACGAAACAACUGGAUGAUACUUUGAAGAGUUUAGAGACAAAGCGCGACAAUCUACAGAACUCGCUCGAAAACAUCAUCCCCCCAUUGAUGGAUUACUUGACCAAUUUCAACGAAAAACUCUCCAAGUACACCUCUGAAUUGGGGUUCAUAAAGCAAAAGUCAGAGGAAUUAAAGAGCGUCUCAGAAUAUAACUCGAAGAAAUUGUCCGGGAUUAGUCCCCUUGUGAAUGAUCUUUUGAUCCCACCACCUGUUAUUCACGAAAUUUUGACCGGUAAGAUCAACUCCCAGUGGAUUGACAAUAUUACCUUCAUCCGGGACAAGCAAGAGAUGUACUCCAAGUACAAAAAUUCAAAGGAGAAAGUGGCUCUGCCCAAGGAUUUUGACUCUCUGUGCAACGUCGUGGACGUUUUAAACACAGUGAUUAUCGAAAGAUCUAAGAAAUACAUUGUCUCACGGAUUCGGAUCCUUAGGAGUGGUAAACCUGGCCCGUCACAAAGACUCCAGAAUCAGUUGAUCAAAUUGAAAGAACUGUUCAAAUUUAUCAUUGAGAAUAACUACUCACUGGCAUUGGAGAUCAGACAAGCGUAUGCGUACACCAUGAGAUGGUACUACAGGGAGUACUUCAAGCGAUACAUAAGGUCAUUGACAAUUUUGCAAUUCAAUCCUGUUGACAGCCGGUAUUCGCUAGGGAAUACUGUAUUAAAUGAAAACACGGAUAACACAACCAGUUCUCUGUUCACAAGUUACUUGUCUCCAUCGUACGGAUACAGUUCUGCAGCAACUAAUGAAACGGUCAAAUCGUAUUUUCAAGUAACGAAAAGACUAUCAAUCUUAACGCAAGAGGACAACACUGUGAUGGUGUCUCAGAUUGCUGAAACUAACAACAAUACUAAGAGUAACUAUAUUGAAAUUGGAUUCAAGAAUUUAAAUUUGGCAUUACUGGACAAUUGCACCGUGGAGUACCACUUUUUGAAAGAAUUUUUCAAAGUUUCAGAAGAUGACAGUGAGAUCGAUGGGCUGUUAGAACAGAUCAUUAGUCCAACUUGGGAAGAAUGCCUGCGGUACACUGAAGACGUCCUUAUAAACCCAUCGGUGUACGACAUACUGGGUGUCCUGAUUUCCAUCCGGAUUGCCAACCAGUUGCAAAUCGAGGCCCUUAGACGUCGUAUCCCUGUCAUAGACAGCUACUUGAACGACCAGCUGUUCCAACUAUGGCCCAAAUUUCAACAAUUGGUUGAUUGGCAGUCAGACUCGCUGAACAGUAUUAACUUGUCAAAACUCGAUUUUACCAAGGAACGUAACUUGACAUCACCGCACGCUCUGACGAUCUCGUUUACCGUGUUCUUGCAAAGUCUGCUGUUCCUGGGUAUCCAGCCUGCGCCCCCAGACGUCGAAGUCGAGGCGAUUGACGAAAGGUCCGAGCCGUUGUACAACUCGAUAACAAGACUCAGAAACGAUUACGAAAACACCAUGACAAAGAUCAGUAAGCUGACAAAGGCGCCAGAGAAAUUCUUAUCGAUCAACUACUUGUACGUGUACAACUCGCUCCAACAACAAAGCUUGACAUUGAACGAUGCAGAGAAGGACGGGGGACAAUUCACUAUGAGAGAAAACGAGGGACACUUCAAAGCGUUGGUCGAAGCUUAUAAUCAACAACGAUAG